AAGAUCCAAGAGGCGAGACGACCUGAUGAGGCUGGAAAAAGGGCCAAAACGACACAUGCAUGGCCUAAAAGACGAGUACGAGCGUGUAUGCGGGACAAUCAAGCACGUGGGAAGCGGCACGUACAAGGAAAUAGACAAGGGCGCGCACACGCACAAUGGCGUAGACGUGCAUGGCGUUUGGAGAUUAGGCAAAGUGGCGCGCAGGGGAAGGUUGUUGGGUGGAUGGCGCGCGAGGGGGAUUGCUAUGGGCAAAUGAACGCAGGUGCGAGCCAGCAGCGCGCAUCGGGACUUGAUGCGCGCAAUUGGCCCAGUGAUCGAGCAAGAAAUACGCGGGCGAUUGGUGCACGGGUCGAGGAACGCGAUGAGGAGCGCACGCGGGUAGUGCUGGGAGUACGAGGGUGCACGGCAGUCGAGCAGGCCGCGGGCAUGCCGCCCCGUAGGGAACCCGCUCAGCUAGCGGUCCCCCAGGCCACAGUAGUCGCACAGUUCCGCAACUAUCAUCCUGAGAAAUUCUUCGGACAAGGAGAUCCUCGUAUUGUGGACGAGUGGAUUCAGGGCCUUGAAUUGAUUUUCGAGGUCAUGGACUGUCCAGAUCACUAUCGCGUCAUAUGCGCACAGCUUCAACUAACCGGCGAUGCCCGACUCUGGUGGAAUGCCUACUGGAGUAUGCGUUCCGGCGAGAAAGAAGGUUGUACCUGGGAGAGGUUCAAAGAGCUAAUCCGCGAGAAGUAUUAUCCCACGUACUACCGAGCAGAGAUGGAGCGUCAGUUCCUGUCGCUCAAAAAGGGUACUCGUUCUGUUGAUGAGUACGAGAGGGAGUUUACUAGACUUGCAGCUUUUAUUCCGGACUUGGUACGUACGGAGGCACAGAGGGCACAACGCUUCAUUGACGGGCUUUACCCAGCAGUCCGUCAUAACAUUGUAGGACACGGGACUCAGACCUAUGCACGUGCUGAUAUUUUCUACUACUGUCACGAGCCCGGACAUUUUGUUAGCCGUUGUCCGAAGAAAUUUCAGCAGCAGCCACAACAGCCUCAGCCACCACCACAGCAGCCACGGCAACAGCAGCAGCAUCCCCGUCAGCAGGAUCAGAGGCCGCCCCAACAACAGCAGAGGGGCAGACAACAGGCCCGAGUCUAUGCAGUUGAUCAGGCAGAGGCAGAGCAGCAGCCAGGUACCAUGUCAGGGAUGCUUAUACUUAAUGAUGUUCCUGUUUUCGCCCUGUUUGAUACUGGAGCGACACAUUCUUUUAUAUCACGACGAUGUCUUGAUACCAUCGGAGUUCAUGCCUUUACCGCUGUCGAUCCUCUCGAGGUGAGUUUAGCCUCGGGACGAAGGAUAGUGAUUACUGCAAAAGCUUCAGAUCUCAGCCUUUCUAUUGGUGGUCGCAUAUUGUCUACCGACACUUAUGUUCUCGAGAUGAGGGAUUUUGACCUCAUUUUCGGAAUGGAUUGGCUAUCCUAUUAUCAUGCAGACAUUCGAUACCAUGACCGAGAGAUUACUCUUUAUCUUCCGGGAGACGAUUUGAUUACCUUCUUUGGCACCAAGAAUCGUUCUUUACCUCAUGUCGUUUCGAUGGCGAAAGCCACCAAGAUGCUGCGACGAAGUAAAUGUCAGGGUUAUCUUGUGAGCCUUGUCGAUGAGUCUCAGAAAGCACGAACACCUCAUGACGUUCCAGUCGUUCGUGAGUUUGUGGACGUGUUUCCAGACGAACUUCCAGGAGGACCGCCUAACCGGCAGGUAGAGUUCUCUAUCGAUCUUAUUCCAGGGGCCGGCCCAAUAUCCAAAGCCCCGUAUCAUAUGGCGCCGAAAGAGUUGCAGGAGCUUAAGGCGCAAAUCCAGGAGUUAUUGCGACUCG